AUGGAGAGGAAACCUUGUCCAACAUCUCCCCAAACACCACCCAACGGAGAGAUGGAUGAGCAGAACAUGGCUAGGAAAAGGAAGAAUAGAGCUCGACAGGCUCGAUGUAACCGCACCCAACACCGUAGGGAUGAGUGGCAGUGGUAUCAAUCAACUUAUCAAGACAUUGAACGACAUCGCUUGGCUGUAGAGGCAGUGUAUGAACAUCGUCUAUGGGAUGAAGAAGUAGAACAACAUCGCCAAGACCGUGAUGCCAUCAGAGCCUCUGCAUCAUGCAACCUUGAGCUUGAAUUCAUGGAAGUAGUUGGCCAUAGGGUCUUUAUCACGCCCUACGCCAAUGUCUAUGCCCUGGUAGAGGAGAUGGCGACCAUAGAAAACCCAACUAUAGAUCAGCAAUGA